AUGCCUCCUGUCGCGCCGAUUCACCAUGGUGGCCAGCAGGCCCCGUCCACGUUCGACAAACUCAAGAUGGGCGCAAUGAUGGGCGGAUCUGUCGGAGUGAUUAUGGGAUUCAUCUUUGGCACUGUUAACAUUUUCCGUUAUGGUGCCGGAUCCCAAGGCAUUAUGCGGACUCUGGGCCAGUACAUGGGUGCAUCUGGCGCAACCUUUGGAUUCUUCAUGGGAGUCGGCAGCGUCAUCCGAUCAGAUGCGGACCCCAAGCUACAGGAGCUGUAUAUGCGAGCGCAGCGACGGCCGAUAGUAUUAAGAGCGAAUUCAGCUUGGAGACGGGACGAAUAA